AUGGCCGCUCCGCAGAAUGCCCCCAUCCCCGAAGCUGGGAAGAAGGUCAUGAGCACUGUCACUCUGGCUCCUGCUCUGGGGUUUGUUCCCAUUGCUGUCCACUUUGAUCUCUUCGGCUGUCUGCAAGAGAUCGGUAAACCAGCCACCGCACAAGAUGUCUGCAAUUUCCAUCACACAAAAUAUGGCGAUACCGACCUGUUUUCUAUCACGUUCUUACAUAACAAAUCAAUGUUCGCAAAGGUUAACCGCACUUCAGAUGACACGCUUUUCCUCAUGGGAGGGCUUGGCUUCCUGGACCUUCUUCCAGACGAUGUAUACCAGGCCAACGCCGUCACCCGAUUUUUGGUGGAUACACCAUCGGCCCAGCAUGGGGCCAUGCAUUUCACAUCCGAAGGGCUGUUGGCAUCAGCUUUUCUCAUGCGGCGCCUGAUGGAUACCAAGUUCGAGUAUCCGUUCCAGGAGUGUGACACCCCAUUUCAGUAUGCCCACAAACUCAUGGGCAAUGAUCAUCUUGCCCGGGAACAUGUGUAUUCAGUGAUGCAUGAAACAGGCCGUCUUGACAGCUUCAACACCUUCAUGACGGGCAAGUUUGGUCGCUGGGGCACCAUGCCCGAUCGCGUCCGCAAACUCGGGUAUGAUCUGGACGGCUUGCUUCAGUCCACAGCUCCCGAAAGGAUCCGGGUAGUCGAUAUCGGCGGUGGCCGAGGCGAGCUGCUCUUGGAGAUGCAAGCGACAUACCCACACUUACUCAAGAAGGAAAACCUCAUUCUGCAGGAGUACAAUGCCGACAUCGGUGUCGUUCCCGAGGUGACAGAGAUGGGCUGGAAUUAUAAGGAGGAUGCCAGCGAACAGCCCGUCAAGGGGGCGCUACUGUACUCAAUGGCCCACGUCCUCCACAAUCUGUCCGAUAUCGAGUCCAUCAAGCUGUUAAAUAAGGUCUCCAGGGUCAUGGCUCCGUCUUCACGUUUGCUCAUUCAGGAGUUCACGAAGAAUGCAGCUAGUUCGACCACUCACGCCGCGAUGAUCUUGAUGCAUGCUGGGCGGGAAAGGACUAGCGCCGAGUGGAGGGAUCUGGCGGCCUUUGCGGGCUUGGAAAUUACCUUUGAGGCAUAUCCACCCAAUGGGGAGUGUGUAGUCGAGAUGAGAAAAGUAUUGAAUUGA